GUCUAGCAGGUGGGAUUGCUGGACCCAGUCCCUCACUCCCCCGUCUCUCCCUCACUGAGUUAGUCCUCAUCCCUCAGUCCCUUUUUACUCACUUGUGUGUAUGGGUGCAGAGGGCGAACAUGGACUCUCCGGGUCUUUUUGUCCUUUUAUGUCUUGUGAUUUUUGGUCAGGCAGCUGCUUCUUCUGCUGAAGAAAUCACCUGGUCCUACACUGGUUUGAUUGGUCAGUCUGAGUGGUCGGAGUAUUUUCCGGACUGUGGUGGCACUUCCCAGUCACCAGUUGAUGUGAUAACCACUCAGACUAGGUUUGAUCCCAGUCUGACUCCUGUGAGGCCACUGGGCUACAGCCAACACGGCAACCAGCCCUUCACUCUGUACAAUAACGGGCACACAGCGAUUAUUGUGAUGCCAGAAUGGAUGGGAUUAGAGGGUCUACCAUGGUUCUUUACUGCGGUUCAGCUGCACCUUCACUGGGGUAACGGAGGCCCGAACCAGCGAGGCAGUGAACACACCAUGAAUGGGAUAAGUGCAGAUGCAGAGCUACAUGUGGUGCACUAUAACUCUGAGCUGUACCCCAACAUGUCUGCAGCCAUGACACAGAAGGACGGCCUGGCAGUUUUAGGGAUCCUCAUUGUGACAGGUGAGGAGACCAACCCAGCAUUUAACAAGAUUCUGAACUACCUGAGUCGAAUCAAACACUUUGGACAAAAAGUGUUCAUCCCUGCAUUUGACAUCCAGUCCUUGCUUCCGGAGGACUUGGGGCGCUACUAUAGAUACAACGGCUCCUUGACAACACCCCCCUGCUACCAGAGCGUCAUGUGGACGGUGUUUCAUGAAAGGGUUCAAAUCUCAAAGGCACAGCUGCUGAAAUUGGAGACAAUACUUUACUCCAGUAAAGCUGAAGAUCCAGAGAAGAUGCUGCUGCAGGACAACUACCGGUCAACACAAGCACUCAACCAGAGAGUCAUCUACACCUCCUUCUCUGCAGAGUCGGGGAAGGAGCUUUCCUCUGGGGAAGUGACAGCCAUAGUUAUAGGAGUGAUGUGUGGCUGUGUGGGCCUGGCAGUAAUCGUCCGUUUCAUUGUCAAGACAAUACGAUUUUUUAAAGUCCUCCACCGUGAGACAGUUGUGGUAAACAGUUCUACCUCUAGCUGGGACGUCUUGCACAAUAACCGGCCUGCUCCGAUGCCAAGGAUUAACGAUCCAGAGAAGGAAAAGCAGAAAAAACAAGAUUUGGUUUUAAACUCGACCUCUGAAGCUGAGAGGAGAGAUGAGCCCUCUCCAUCCUGUAAAACUGAGCCCUAGCUGACGGCAACAUUUGCUUCAAGCUUGAUACUUCAAACCCUCUUGUCUUUGUUAUCAAAAGGCAACUAGGAAAUGUAAAUCCUAACCAGAAGUGACAAAGGGGCCUAAUCUGCUCUGGGCCUGCCAUACAGUUCUCAUUGACAUCAGAAGUCAAUGCACUUUAUGUAAACAAGACAUUUAAGACAUGGUUGCUGCGUCCCUCAUGUAAGAUGGUAUGUUCAUGUAAAUACAUAAUUUAAUCCGGAAUAAAAUGUUUUCCUUUUUGUUCCUAUGAAAUCACACACACUGUACUGCUUGAUGUGCAAAAUGUUUUUUUUUGUUGUUGUGUGGAAUUAAUUCACUUUUAUUUUGCACUGCAAAGAUGUGAAGAGGUUAGGAACGUGGGAUUUGGUUUUACAGAUUCUCUCCAAACAUGUUCAAACUGAGUUUAAAAUCAACAGGUUCUUUUUUGUCCUGUCCGGCAUAUGAACACACACAUUGCUGCUGAGUGCUUCUUGUUCUGGACAUGCUUUGCUUUUACAAUAGGGGUUGUUGUUACUCAAGUGUGUUAAUAUGAACCCCUUUUGUAGCCGAAGUGUACUUUAUUGAGUUUUAGGUGCUGAGAGGGGGGGGGGGGGUAUGGGAACGGUGUCAAAUGUAACUUCCAUUACAUGCGUUGAUGCUCAUACACACAUGUACACACACUAUCACGCGGCAUCCAUACAACUGCUUAUAAUUCUUAAUCAUGUCCGUACAAGUUCACAGUAUCUAUAGAAGACUUCCUGCCACACAUCACUCCGACCGCCCCUUCUCGUGCUCACUGACAUGAAUACAUGGGAUUACGCGUCCAACAAAUUAACAAAUUAAACAUCCACCAUGCCCGUGUUUAACCAGUAGGAAUGAACAUGUAAGCUGAAUCAUUGUGUUUCCUGAUAUGAACUUGAUCACCUUGAAUGCUUCAGUGAGAGCCCCCCCAGAAAGACCAGCAGCACCCCAGACAGACAGAUGCCCAGGAUCAACCACCCACAAGCGUACUAGUUACGUUGUCAAACAGGGAAUUGUUUCCAUGUGCUGCUUUGUUCCACUGACAGAUCACUUCAGGUGCUAUCGAUAUUUUUGUAAUCAUUCUAUCUAACCUGCCAACAUCAGCUUCACAUUAAAACACAUGAAUGUUAACUGGAGUUCUUCUUUCUUAUGAAAGUCAUUCUUUUGUCACAUGAACACAAGUCUAAUGCUUUACCCUUUAUAUUUUUUCAUAUUGUGAUACUAAUAUAAACAAAGGUUAUGUCAGUGUUCUUAGACAUAUCUUCUUUCUCUUUUGUCACAGCCUAGCAGAUCAUAUAGCAGGCAUGUCCAAAGUCUGGCCUGGGGGCCAAAUGCAGCCUGUGUUCAAGUGUCCACUGACUGUGAGGCCCCUGUCAUAAAAUCAUUAAUAUGUGGCCCUUCAACGUUUCAUAAAACUGUGUGUCCAGUUUCUUGAUUUUGAUUGUCUAAAUUACAUUGUAAGUCAUUGUAAACUUGUGGUAACAACCUGUAGCUACUUGACCUUCAGAGCCUUGAGGGUCAAACAAGAAAAACUGGUUUAUUUUCUUUCUGUGAUCAAAACGACAGUGGUCUAUUCUUGAAAAAGAAAACUGCUGUUAUUUUUUUGUUCACGUGAUUUACAAGUUUACAGUGAGUAUUCAAUAGUGAAUAAUCUGUAAUAUUUCAUAUGAACCCAGAUUUAAUAUUGGUCUUGUUGUUUUUUAGGGUUUUUGUCUUUUUUAUUAAAGUCAGUGAUAGUCUGCGACCAAACCAACUUUCCUGACUAUGAACAAAGUUUAAAGUUUGCAGAAAAUAUAUUGGCUGAUGACAUAGUAAGUUUUUUUUUUUUUUUGUAGUUAUUUACUAAGAAAGUCUCUCUUAGAAAAAAAAGACAUGAUAUAAUUGCAACCAAUAUCUGUAAUUUAAGACAGAGAAUCACUAAAUUCAUACCUUUAGCUUUGGAGAAAAUGUCUGAGAUGGUUUUGCAGACACAAAAAAAAGACUAAUUCUAAAGAUUUGUGACAGUCUGACUUUAAAAUGAAACAGCACACCCAGAGUACAGAACAACAAUUGCACAUAUUUUUUUGAACUAAACUUAAAGGGAAGUGAAUGUGAAACAACAGCUAAAAACCGCGGAAACGAAUUAACAGAGGAACCAUCAACGCUGACAAAAACAGGCCUUGCUCUGCAGGACUCCUAAGUGAUGGCUGCUCGUACAGUUUGUCUCUUUCUCCUUAUCGCAGUUUGCCUUGGGCAGCACAACUAUGCACCCUGCCUGAUAUCCCACAACAACAAUGGCUACAACACAUUUCUCAGGCAUCACAUUCCACCCAACAGUCCUUCAACUCUUAACAUGACUGUCUGGGAGAGAUUUAUUGAGACACGUGGACUCACUCACAGACCUGUACAGUCCUUUCUUCAUCCAGGCGACAAGAACAGAGUGAAAGCUGUCUGCACAACAGGAGGAGGGAAAGUGUACUGGAGGAAUCUGUGCAUCAGCCGGUAGGAGUUCACUUUUUACACUGUGAUGUACAACGUAGCAACACGUCAUGUCGAAAGUGUUGAAAUAGAAAACAAACAUCUGAUCCUAGCCUGUGACAAACUUGACAACAGGUGCCUACCUGUCCACUUUCAGAGAAACAUUGAUAAUGAAACGCCAGACAAUAAUGCCAGAGGCUGCAGUGCUCCACAACGCUCGGCUGGAUAGGACUUUAUAUCAAACCACAUGAACAAACUGUAUGCCUACAGUUGCUGUUGAAAUUGUGUUCAAGGCGGCUAUUGUCAGACCAUUUUUAACAAAUCUUUUUUAAUUUCAUUAGCUCAAAAUGACUAAUUUAGCUGAUCAAUACACUGCUUUGCUAUAACCAGUGCACACUCAUAAAUAAAGGGAAAGCAAAUGAAAAUGCUGUGUAUUUAAUGCAUUCAUUUUUAUUUUACUGCAGAAAUGCUGGCUUAGAAAUAUGUGUUCAGGAACAAAAAUACGUUCCAAACUUUAUGGUUAGAUCUGUACUACAAAUAAAUACCACAUGCAUUAAAAGCAUUAAAGCUUGUUCACAAUUUCAAUGUAAAACAGUAGCUUUGUCCUAUUUAUGUAAACCUGCUUUGACAAUACAUUUUCACGUAUUCAAAAGAGGAUUCAGCCCAACAGACAUCUUGAUUGAAUAAAGUGUAGAACUAAAAUAAUAAAACAUUUUAUUGUUAAAAAUAUCCUGAGGAGAGGUCAGUCUUUUGAACUAAAUUAAACAAAACUGCAGGCUCUAAAACGAUCAAAAACAGAAGUUCAGUGUUUGCUAUGAGUAAGCAAGCAUGAGUAGAUGAGUUUGAGAAACCGCAGUUAGUUCCUGUUAUUCAUAUGCAAGACAUCAAGAUUCAAGUCUUCAGAUGAAGAAUAUGAAAGGAUGAUUUAAGAAAUUAAACAUUUACUAAAGAACAAUACAAAUAGCAAGGACAACGUUUUUAGAGUCUACUUACUAUUAAUAUGACUAAAGUGUUUAACUCCAGGGAUGGUUAAAAUGUUCUUUGCAUAAAGAACAGGUAUGAAGAACUGUCUGUCCAAAAGUUUUGAAUUAACAGAGACACCAUCAACAUUUUAUUAAUUUAAUUAAAUUAUUAGCUUUAGACAUGAUGUGACGAUGGAUGGAUGGAGAGCCCUUGGUUUAUAUAUUCAAGGUAACCACAUGCCCUCAUUCCAGUAUUUAGCAAGCCGAAAACUAUUUCAGUUUCAUUCUUGGCAUCUGAGUUAUAUUCUAAAACCAGAGGACUGAGUGAAUUAUAUGGUGUCAAAUCAGCGCCUAAUGGAUCAAAAACGUAGAACCGCAUUAGACGCUGAUUUGAUACCAUUGAAUUCCUCCUGUUUGAUUAAAAUAAAACAAAGUCCAAUAAAGUUGUUCUUUACAUUCAAUAUCACUACUUUUGAUCUUUGGAAAUGUAAGAAAUGUCUAUUUUUUGCAUCUUCAACUUGUUUCUUUAAAGUUGCUGUCCCCUCUACAAAUUUCAGUUUAGGUAAAUCUUCUUUUAAUUCAAAUCACAUGGAUGGUAAGAAUUUAAAUUUAAAUCUUCAUAGUCAAACUGAUCAGACUCUUUCAAAAUUGUUACAACAGCAAGUGUAAGUGUAAGAGUUGGUGUUAAUGCUCUGUGUCAAAAUGUGCAGAGUUAAAAAUGACUGUGGGGGUUUUGCAACACUUUUGUGUUACAGUUGUACUGACAGUGUCAAUUAUUAACACCCAAAAGAGUUAUGUUAACUCUGCAAAUUCAACACUAUGUUAAGUGUCACUUUAACACUGUAGAGAAGGACGGUAUGUUAUCUGGCUCAGAGUUAAAAUCAACUCUUUAAGUGCUGCAUUAACACUUCCGAUUUUACUGUGAAGCAGCAUUUCAAGUACUCUUCUCACCUCAGUAACAGCGAGACAGCGAGCAGGACAACAGAGUGAUUGUAGCUGCUGCAGGUAAACCAAUCAAAACUGAGUCAAGCAAAGAACUGCUCAGUGAUGGCUGCUCUCAGAUGUUUUAUCUUACUUGCUGCCUGCAUCCUGAUUGGUCAGCAAGCAUCAGCUCACAAUGAUGUACCGUGCCAGCCCUCCAUCAACAACAAUGCUCAUGACACAUUCCUCAGACACCAUGCUCCCCCUGGAAGUCCCACAACAAAUGACCAGAACAGUUGGCAGAAAUUCAUCAUGGACAAAAAACUGUGCAACAGACCCAUUCAGUCGUUCAUUCCUAAUGAAGAACGUGCCAGGCUGAUUGCUGUUUGCUCAGCUGCAGGAGGGAAGGUGUUCGACAGGAACCUGUGCAUCAGCAAAGAGGAUUUUACCUUUUUCACUGUGACGGUUGAUAAAAAGUGUGUGGUUACAAGUGUCAAACAAGAAACCAAACGUCUGAUUCUGGCCUGUGAUAAAGUGGACAACAAGUGUGUACCUGUUCAUUUUGAGGCAAAUGCUAAAAAUGUCAAACCCAAUGAUACUGCUCUAGACUGUAAGGCCUAAUAAAAAGUUCAAGUUCAGGCAGUGAGUGUUGACUAAAAAUAAAAAUAACAAUGAAAGAAUCACAGUGUCAAGGCUCAAGCUUCUGUCUCCCGCUCCGACCACCAGAGGUAGCCAUCUCCUUAAUGUUUUCUUUCAUGUGGUUCUCAACUUCACUACGUCUCCUAUCAAUGUUUAGGACCUUCCACCUGCUGUUCUGCACUCAGCAAUUACCACGACUGUUUUGCAUUUGCUGGCAGAAUGAAUCGAAUGACUCUGUUUAGCCAUUUGUGUAUUUUGACCCUCUCCUGCUUUGACUUCGCUCUCCCUUGCCCUUACCUGUUUGUUUGCCAGUUCACUUAUCUGCUCCUUGACCAUAUGUUUGAGCCAUGUAUGUGUUUGUCAAAUAAAAACACAAUUGCACAUGGA